AGCGCGUCAGUCUCAUAAUCCAGUACAACAGAUGAUUCUGACCUUUUCUACAUUUUGAUCAUUUCUAUCGCAAUGGCUACUGAAAGCGGAUAUCAACCAAUUUAUUUGAAUAAAGAAAAAGUGUUAGAAUGUUUGCAAGACGAAUGGGGACAUUUAAUAGAAGAAACGAAAAGAGCUCUUAAGUCAUACUCUGCUGGUAAAGUGGAGCAGCCGAUUAGGUCAGCGAUAACUGUUGAUAAACACAAAGGAAUAUUGUUUGCUAUGCCAGCAUAUGACUCUGAAAAAGAUGCUUUAGCUACAAAAAUUGUUACUGUAUACCCAGAAAAUAAGAAAUUUAGCAUUCCAGCAAUUCAAGCUGUUAUAUUAUUGUAUGAUUCUGAAAAUGGCAAUUUAAAAGCUAUUUUGGAUGGAGAAGUAAUAACGAAAAUGAGAACAGCAGCUGCUUCAGUUGUUGCUACUAUGUAUUUAGCCCCCAAAUCGCCAAGAUACCUAGCAAUACUUGGAGCUGGAGCUCAAGCACGUAGCCACUUUCAAGCUCUUUCUCAUGUUUACAGUUUCAAAAAGAUUUUUAUUUGGAAUUUGAAUUCCGAGAGUGGGAUGCAGCUGGUAGGUGAAAUAAUUAAAGAAGGAUUUAGCUGUGAGCUAUGCAGCAGUGUUGAAGACGCUGUAAAGGAAGCUGAUAUAAUUGUUACUGUAACAAUGGCCACAAAACCUAUUUUGCGGAAGGAAUGGAUCAAGGAGGGAGCUCAUAUUAAUGCUGUAGGAGCCCCAGUUCCUGAAUGGCAGGAACUUGAAAAAGAUUUGAUGUUAUCAUCUGUUGUAUAUGUUGAUAGCAAAGAGGGUGCUUUGACAGAAUCUGGUGAUAUUAUUCAAUCAGGUGCCUCUAUUUAUGCUGAGAUUGGAGAAGUAAUUCUAGGUAUAAAAGAAGCAUAUCCAAAUAAAACAACAAUUUUUAAAUCAUUAGGUAUGGCAGUUGAAGAUGUUGUAACUGCAGAAAUUGUGUAUGAAAAACACUCAAAAAAUAUCAGAGAAACCAAAUAAAUUAUUUUUUUAGGUCUGGAA